AUGGUGGGUAUUAUUGCGCAACCCUGGUUUUCGAGUCACGCGUCCGCCUGUCGCAGUGCGUCCGCUUUGGUUGCGAUCUACAGAUCCCGCGUCGCGAUCUGGAGUCUGUGUGUGUGUGAAGGAGUGCGCGGACACUUGGUUUGGAGACGCGGUCGAUAUGCGAAACACGCUACGUUAAGAGGACAUGCGCGUACGGCUCGUGCGCGGAAUUAG